UACAAUUCUUCGAAAUAUUUUUCAUGAAUCAAAUAAGAUAAACGCUGAGGAAGAGAAGUGCCUGGACAGAAAUAUUUCCUUAUCCACUUGUUCCUUGUUAACAAAAUAUACCAGCCACUUAUCAUGGCAUUUGAAAAAUACUCCCCAACCCUGUUUUCUUUUUGUGCCCACCACCUACUCAGGUCAGGGGCAGCGAAGCAAUUUUUAUGGCUGAAGCUAUGAUGGGAUUCUCAAUGAGUACCAGUUCAAGUCCAGGCUUCUCAUCGCUACGGCAAAGAGGGUCAUCGUACGGGAAUCAUGUUCCCGUUGGGGCGUGGCAACAGGUUCAGCUUGAGGGGGGCGGCAAUGGUGUUUACCAGAGAAAGAAUUGCGGCGGAUUGAGCAGGAGAGUGAGGGUGAAUGCUGUUCCAGCCGGGGAUCAGUUUCAUCUGAUGGCAGUUCUGGUGCAGCACAUGGAAGGCCAGAGAGACCUCAUCACUGUGAAAUCCAUAUGGCAUCUCAGCGAUCAGGCCAUCAAGAACGUCUAUAUGUUCUACAUCAUGUUCUUCUGCUGGGGAUGCUUGUUCUUUGGUUCAACCAAGGAUCCCUAUUAUGAUUCAGAGGCAUAUAGGAAGGAUGGAGGAGAUGGGACUGGACAUUGGGUGUAUGAGAAGGUAACCGUUUCAGUACUACCAAUCACUUGCAAAAUUGGGAAAAUAGUUUUCCCAAAAUUGGGAAUAUUUUUGGGUGAUGUUUUCCUUUGUUAUUUUUGUGGAACACACAGCAAGAGGAUAUCGAAGAAGCAGCACGAGCAGCACUGUGGAGGGAAGAGUUGAUUGAGGAAAUUGAGCAGAAGGUUGAUGGGCUGCCGGAGUUGGAAGAAGCCACCACCAAGAAAUAGUCAUGCACUCUUCUCUAUCUUUGCAAAUUGCCCAACCUCUCGGUUCUUGCUGUAUACGUCUAUGUUCUAUGCUCUGCUCUUCUCCUUCCACCCUUCAUAGCGUGUGUAACAUAUACUAAUAAUUGGCUCGUGUUUGGUGGUAGUUGAUGUAUAUGUUAAUUAAAAGCGAAGUUUACCUAAAGAUGUAUAUGUUAAUUAAAAGCGAAGAGCACUUUGUUUUAAAUGAAGGUUGAUGAUAUUAAAGAACAAAAUAAAAUUUUCAAU